CGCCUCCGCCCCCUGCUCGCGCCGCCGCCGCCGCCGCGAGCGGGAGGAGGAGGAGGAGGAGGAGGAAGGAGGAGGGAGAGAAGGGAAGGAGGGAGUCAGGUCCGGUGGCCCUCUCGGGUAGCCCCAGCGGCGAGGGAAAGAUGGCGACGCUGGGAGGCGAGUCGCAGCCCUUCCCCUCUGCUGCUCUGGCGGCGGCGGCCGGGGUGGGCGGCGGCGGCGGCGGCAGCGGGGCGCUGGGUCUGCAGGCGCCGUUGAACCGCGGUCUGGAGCGGGCGCUGGAGGAGGCGGCGCACUCCGGGGGGCUCAACCUGAGCGGCAGGAAGCUGAAGGAGUUCCCGCGCAGCGCCGCCGCCCUCAGCCACGACCUCUCCGACACGGUGCGGGCAGAUUUAUCCAAGAAUAGGUUAACUGAAGUUCCUACGGAGUUGUGCCAUUUUGUGUCACUGGAAACACUAAAUCUAUACCACAAUUGUAUCAAAGUUAUACCAGAUGCCAUAGUAAACUUACAAAUGCUAACUUAUUUAAAUUUGAGUCGAAAUCAGCUUUCUUCUUUGCCAGCUUGCCUGUGUGGUCUUCCUCUAAAAGUCUUAAUUGCAAGUAACAAUAAGCUAGGUUCCCUUCCAGAAGAGAUAGGUCAGCUAAAACAGUUAAUGGAAUUGGAUGUCAGCUGUAAUGAAAUCACAGCAUUGCCACAGCAGAUAGGCCAGCUGAAAUCUUUAAAAGAACUGAAUGUCAGAAGAAAUUACCUCGAAGUUUUACCCCAAGAACUAGUACAGCUUCCCUUGGUAAAGUUUGACUUUUCCUGCAAUAAAGUGCUUGUGAUUCCAAUUUGUUUUAGAAAGAUGGUGCAGUUACAAGUAUUACUGCUUGAGAAUAAUCCUUUGCAAUCUCCACCAGCACAAAUUUGUACAAAGGGUAAGGUGCAUAUAUUCAAAUAUCUGACUGUACAAGCCUGUCAGAUUAAAACAGCAGACUCGCUGUAUCUUAAUGCCAUUGAACCACAGCAUUUGCCACAACCUGUGGAAGAGAGCAUUGAUGAUAUCUACCCAAGUAAAAAGGACUCAGAUUCAGGUGUUGGUAGUGAUAAUGGUGAUAAACGUUUGUCAGCAACAGAGCCAUCUGAUGAAGAUACUAUCAGCUUUAAUGUACCAAUGUCGGACAUUGUGGAAGAAGAUCAUAUUAUAAAGGAUGAUUCAGGUCACCAUGCUAACUCAAGAAAAGUGGAAUUCCAUCAAGGAUCCUCUCACACGUUUGUCAAUGAUAAGUCACGAGAAACAGGAAACCAGUUUGAUGAACAGGAUACUCUUACUACUGAAUUUAUGAGCUACAUUAAGAGCAGAGCAGCAGAGUGUGAUGAAUUAUUGAGAAUAGAAGAGGACACGCAAUGGCAAGCAGACGAAAUAAUAAAUUUAUCAGAAGAACAAACUAUUGAUAUAGCAAUGAUAGAACAACUAAGAGAAGCUGUAGAUUUAUUACAAGAUUCCAACAGUGGUCAAAUACAGAUGGACAUGUCUUCUCUUGGUCAGAGAGAAAAUGCUGAAGAGGAACUGGAAUUCCAGAGGAGGAGGGAGUUGAUUAUGGAGAAAGCAAAGCCUGAAGCAAGAACUUGUGAACAGGGUGAAAAAUGGUCAUUGAGCCAGAAUGAUCUAAUUGUUUGGAACACAAGUGGGCAAACCUCUCACAAUGAGAAUAAGGAUAAAAGUCCAACAAUGUCUCCUACUACAAACACCACAAUCCCUUUUGGCUUGAAGCCACGAUCAGCAGACCCAUCCCUCAGUUUUCCUCCUAUCUCCUUCAACACACUUACACAGGCACAAACAUGGGACAACUUUAGCUACAGUAUCCCAUCUGAAGGAGACAGUGACAAUGUGUUCUUAAGACCACAAAGAAAUUUGGAAUCCAUAGAUCCACAGUUCACAAUUCGAAGGAAAAUGGAGCAGAUGAGAGAAGAGAGAGAGCUUGUGGAACAGCUACGUGAGAACAUAGAGACAAGACUAAAGAUCUGUUUGCCCGAAGACCUGGGCUCGGCUCUGAUGGAUGGUGUCGUUCUGUGCCAUUUAGUCAAUCACGUUCGCCCGCGGUCUGUCGGGAGCAUUCACGUACCCUCACCAGCAGUACCUAAACUUAGCAUGGCCAAAUGCAGGAGAAACGUGGAAAACUUUUUGGAUGCAUGUAGAAAACUGGGGAUACCAGAGGCUGACCUCUGCUCUCCGUAUGACAUCCUGCAGUCGGAUAUUCGUCACAUUCGAAAGACUGUUGACACUCUGCUCGCCCUCGGGGAGAAACCCCCACAAUCAACUUCUACUUUUCGCUCCUGGGAUCUAAUAGGCUUUUGUCUUUUCCAUAUACUUUUUAUAGUCUUGAUGUAUAUAACUUAUCACUGGAAUUUGCUAACAGCAUAACCUGUUCGCAUGUGCGCACAAACUUUCUGCUUUGUCUCUGAAAAAUUACAGGUACUUAAUUUCCUUCCUUUGCCUUUCAAACUUCUCCCUUUCCCUUGCUUCCCUUCCUUGUAAUAUCUUUAUUAAUCUCUUGAAAUAGAAGAGAGAAGUAGCAUCUUGAAGGCAAAUCCCAUGUCUUCUGUCCCUUCCAGCUGUAGUUUAAGAACUUACAUAUCUCUUUAUUUGUAGCUUUUCUUUCAUGUUGCCUAGACUACUCACUAAAUGUGUUGAAGCAGUGAAGCUCCUCUUAUUCCAUAUUUGGGUGUAGGCUAGAUGUGUAUCACAAGCUAAAUAGAGCUGAGCCUUUUACUUUUAGGGAAAAUCCAAGAAUGCUGCAGAUAUUGAAGCAGCUUCAGGUGGCACUUCCAGCAGGUGAUGGUAUUUUCCGAGCGGAUUAUCUCUGCACUUACUGUGUUAAGAGCACUUAGAGAACUAUCUUUCAAAUUACUGUGAUUUUUUUAAAGUCUUAUAUAUUAACAAGACUACUGUAACUUUAAAGAUUAUUGUUCCUCUCUACUGUUCAGAUUAAAUUUCUUACUGGAGUAGUUAUGUUUUCCUAUGGUAGAAUAAUAUUUUUCUUCUGUCACACAAAACAGUGUUGGACUCCUUUUAAACACUUGCUACAUUAGACCCCAAAGGUGACUGUAAAUUAGCAGUGGUUAUGAGCAAGCCAUAAAAUCCAAGGGAGUUUAGAAUGUUUCAGGAUGAAGGUCCUGCAGUACAGUGACACAGUUUAGGAAUAAGCUAUUAGAUUCCUUUACCUGCCAUUCUUUAGUGUGGCGUCAAGCAAGUCCUAUCAUUAUCUUCUCCGUUUCAUCACCUGUGAACAUGCAGAUACUAUUUGUUUGUUUGUUUGUGUAACCAAUGGAGCAAAGACAAUGUAGCUAGGAAAACAGAUCCUCUGGGAGGACUCUAGCUUUUCCAUCCUAGGAAGUUUUAAAGAGCAGUUUAGACAUACAUUAGGCAGGAACUAUUUUGGUAUGUUUGAACUCUGCCUAUGGUUAGACUGCUGGACUGAUGAUUCCAUUUCCCUUCCAGUUCUGGGUUCUGUUCAUCUACUCUAAACUUAGGACAAUUUUGCGAUUUCUCCUUAUUGAAUUGAAAUAUAUAAAUGAAAAUUGAUUGAAAAAUACAAAUCCUUGGGUAUAAACCUAUAUCUACAUUGCAAUAUUGGCCUAGAUGCUGUUGCCUAAAUUUGUAACUCAGGCUAGCUAACCAAAGAACCUCAGUUUUGUGUCUCGGAAAUACAUGCAUUUAUUUCCCCCAUAUAGUAUAUAAUGAAAUAAGCUAUGGACUUUUAGAGUAUAAUUAGGGUAAGAAUUUGUAUGUUACUGAUUAUUCUGGCCAUACAGUUAUUAUUUAAUGCUGCUCUAUAAAUAUCCCCACUCCACAGAUACUUGUAAAAUUUUAUUGAAAAACUUUUAAAUGCAUUUCUGUUUCUGGUUUCUGUGGCUUAAAUAUAUCGAUAUAGAUAGAUACAUAUAUAGAGACAGAUGUACAUAAAAAGUAGUAAGUGUAUUACUAGAUAGAUAUUUUGCAAUGGAAAAAUUAAUUUCUGAUGAUAAAUCGAAAUUUUUAAAGGGUUUGGUGUCUGGCAGCUUCCAGUGCAUACGUGUAACAACUUUAUAAGAGUUGUCAUCUGUGAUGAAGUGAGAGUUCAGUGAGUGCAUCAAAGCUUUUUAUUUGGUAUGUAGCUAUAGAGUUGUGCCCUCAUCCUGCACAAGCCUGUCUUCUAACUGUGUGCCUAAUUUCAGCAAUUCCAACACCAGACACUUGUUCAUUCACUCACAGCUUGACAUUUAAGCUUCCACUUUGAGCAGAUCUUUGUUUUGAUUUUUUGUUGUCUUGUUCUAAUUAUUUUGCUUUUCUGAUGAAACUGAGUGACAUAUGGUUUGAAUCAGUUCAGAAUCUAAUAUGUUUGUUUAUAAUCCAGUGUUGGUAUUUGAGGCAGAAGUGAUGUCUUCUAUAGGGUUGGGAUUUUGCUGUUGCUCCCAUAAGUGGUAAACAGGUCUCCUGUCGAUGGUUUGUGUUGUGCCCUCCUUAUAUAGUGCUGAACUGCAUGUAUGAGUACAUCUUUUCAAACUGGAAAAUCAUGUGGAGAAAGGUUUUGUUACCAUCCUAUAAUGCACAUCUGUCUCUUUGUCUAAUAGCAUGUCUGAUUAUCCACUGUAUCCAAUAGCUUGGAGGGCGGUAAGAGGAGUAAACAGUGUGUUUUGCAUUUUCAGUGUGCAGAAAUGGAAGUUCAUGUCUUCAGUCGUUUUGACUGCUUUAUCAGAGUAGACGCUGGGCUGGAAACUGAACUACUAUUGUGCCAGUGUAGACCAAGUGAAUGUCCCCCAGUUGCAGUGACACUUAACUCUCAAACUUGUCUGAAGUCUUAACUUUGUGUAUGCUUACCAUGCAAACAGAGUCAUCACUUAGGGACCAUUUUCUGUAUGUUCUCAGCUAUGGCAAUAUCUGGUAUUUAAAGUGUAGCAUUAUGUGCAGUUUCUGGUAGUUAGAGAUGGUGAAGCCAUCUUGAAACAGAUGGUGGAAAAGACCAAACAUACUUGGUUCAUGACAAGCACAGCUGUGCUGCCACACAUGAAACAUAUUCAGUUUGGUAUUUUUGGAGGGUUGUUAUUGAUUACACUUCCAAAUAUCUAUAAAUCUUACAGGGAAAGAAGCAGUGAAAUAGCCCUUACAUUUUCUAAGUCUGAAUAUAAUGAAGUUUCUCAAAAUUUAUUUAAAAUGUAAUGCUAAUAUGAAAAAUAACUGUCUUUCCAUCUCUGAAGUCAGUAAUUCUUACACCAAAUGGGGAACUGGAAACUAAAACAUUAUUAAUCUACUUUAUUGGGUUCUUUGCUAAAUUCAGAGUCCUGCUUCUGUGCUGCUGUUCUGUGGCUUUAGUACUUGUGAGCCAAACAGUUCAGCUCUUGGAUGGUUCCUCACCUUUGAGAUGUCAAUACUGAGAUAUCCAGUUAGAUAUAAUUGGUACUUGCUGCUCAUAGCCAGUCACAUAAUUAGGUUGAUCACCUUGAGUUUUAAAAAAAGUGCACUGUAGUUCACCCAUAUAUUCAUUAUUAACAUUAAUUAUAUUUGCUCCUCUGUUUCUUUUCCCAUUCAUUUUUUUUACAUUGCAUCAGAGAUUUUCAAACCAUGAUAUCCUAAUAAAUGAGUUUCCAAUCUGUACUGUGCCUGUCAUACUCUUAUGUCCCGUGGAGGUCAUCUCAUCCAUACUGCGAUAAAAUAAUAAAUACAGCUUGUAGCGGAUAUUCUUGCAGGCAAAAUGUGUUUGCACUGGAUCACAAGUGGCAUUUUGAUGUGAGGAUUUGGCUUUCUUUUUCCUUGAUCCAGAAAAAAGAAAUAUUUUCGAGUGCAGUGUAAUGCAGUGUACUAGUCCUUCAAAUGCCUUUUGUAUUUUUUAUAGCUGAAAGCUGUAUAUAGAUCCCAUUGGACUCCUAAUAAGUGUUCUGAAAGUUGAACUUUAUGUGAAUGGGGACUGAAUUAGAUCUGAGCAAAUAUUCAAUAGAGUUUUCUCCACAGUAUACAUUAAUAAGUCACCAAAGAAUUGCCAUGUCAUUUGUUUUUCACAUAAAUUUUUCUCCUGUUACAAAAAAAAAAAAAACCCAAGAAACAACAAAACCCAAGAAAUGGUGCAGCUGGUUUUGUGAACCAUUGCCAUUUCCUUCAUUUCUAGAACACAAGCUGUAUUAUGCAGAAAGAGCAGUAGAAAAUUACUGUAAGGUAAUGACGUAUCCUGCUUUGAUGAUAAUAAGUACUCAUCACUUUCUCAGAAUUUAAUAUGUAACUUUAUAGUAUAAUUGGUAUUUCCCUUGUAAGACUGUGUUUUCUCUUUCUGUUUCAUGUGUGUCUUGUCUUGAUUAAGAUUUUUGUUCCUUGAAGUUUCUGCUCACUGUUUUCUAAGCUUGUUAGAAUAAAACUGUGAGGGAUUCUAUAAAAUAUGUGGUCUACUUUUAAACUUUAUGGCUCAAUGUCAUAAUUUAUUGAAGAAUCCAAAGCCCAUCAUCGGCAAUUACGGUUUGGCAAAUAUUUCCAAUUUAUUGAAUGUGCAGAAGAUGCACCUGUCUAGAUGUCUAACUGGCUAUGACUCCAAAUACAUGAUUUUACAGCUGCAGUAUAGCCUGAAUUACUGUGCUUUUUUAUAUCUGUUUUCAUUUGUACUUGAAAUGGUAUUUCAGGGCAUCUGGGCAUAUACAAACAUCAACAAUAAUAGUGGAAAAGGAAAAAUAUGUAAAAGGACAUAAUUUUAAAUUGCCUUAGAUAGAUGAAAAAGAAAAUAUUUGCUAUACCUUUCUUUUCUGACCUUUAGAAAGAAAAAUUGGUUUUGUCCUAAAAAAAUGCAAAGGUUGAGUAUAUUGGACAUAAGUUUGCUUAAUUGUAAUGCCCUGAAGUUUCUUUUAUUGACUUCCCACUUCAAAAUAGUUGGCUUCAAACGUGAAAUGAUGGGCAUUACAUGGACCUAGGUUUUUUAAUUUGUGGUUUGAGAAAUUGCACAUUCCAAUAUUCAUUGUUUCAUUAAUAUUUUCCCCCUGUAGAUCUGAAAUCUCACAUUCUGCAAAUACAAGGAAGAAAGAGAAGGGCUCUUGCUGAAUCGUGGGAUUCCAUUCCUCUGUAUUUUUACUAACAAAUACAGACAGUUGCGCCUUGCUCUUAUCAUGAUGUGGUCAUUUUACCACUUACCAAUCUGAUAUUAUGGCAGCAAUGUCUUUUUUAUAAAUACUUACUGUAUCUGAAUUGCCAAGCUGCUUGCCCUACCACAAACAUAUUCAAACAGUUGUCUUGACUUUGAAGUCAUCUAGUGUCAAAUAAAAAUAUAUAUGUA